AUGCCGGCUCCGGCCACCGGCCCAGGAUCGACGACGUCGGCCUCGGGCUCCGACGAUGCGAAAGACGCCGCCUCCGCCUCCGCCUCCGCAUCCGCGGACAUCCCCGUGCGCACCAAGGAGUCCUUUGACCGGCUCAUGGUCGAGCGAUACACGAUGCGCGACGCCAUCGCCGCGUCCGCCCUCAGCCAGCAGCUGAAUCAGACCAUGAAGUCGUCGCACGAGAUGCGCGAGAUGAUCAACGAGUACCGCGCCGUCCGCACCCAGUACCAGCAGUGGUUCCCCCCCAGCCGGCUGUACGGCGAGGGCUACAACGGCUACGCCAACGGCUUCACAGAGAACCAUGGGCCCUCGAGAGUCGUGUAUCCGUCGCAGAAGCCUCGCCCCGGCCACCGCACCACGCCUCCCCUCAAAUACAGCCGGAAGGACAUGCUGAAGCAGGCCGAGCAACACGAGGACCUGGUACCCCUGAGGCUGGACGUCGAGUGGGACAGGAUCAAGCUGCGCGACACCUUUACCUGGAACCUGCACGAGCGUCUGCUGGCCGUCGAGCUGUUUGCCGCUCAGCUGGUCGAGGACAUGGGCUUGAAGCCCCCGGCUUCUCAACCCGUGUACGAGCAGGUUGUCCAGCAGAUGCGAGAGCAGCUCAACGACUUUUACCCCUUCGCCUAUUCCGAAGAAGACGCACUGGACCCAGAGCUCCCCUACUCGGCCUACAAGAACGACGAGAUGCGCAUCCUCGUCAAGCUCAACAUUACAAUCGGGCAGCACACCUUGGUGGACCAGUUCGAAUGGGAGAUCAACAACCCGAACAACUCCCCGGAGGAGUUUGCGGCUCGCAUGACGCGAGAUCUCUCCCUGUCUGGGGAGUUUACCACAGCCAUUGCCCACUGCAUUCGCGAGCAGUCACAGCUCUUCACGAAGAGUCUCUACACAAUCGGCCACCCCUUCGAUGGAAGGCCAAUCGAGGAUUCGGACCUCGUGUCUGCUUUCCUGCAGACGCCGUUGCCCACCGUCUUCCGCCCGCAGCAGCAGGCUAAGGAAUAUGCGCCCUACUUAUACGAGAUGAGCGAGGCCGACCUAGAACGAAACGAGACGGUCUUCUCCCGAGAUCAGCGGCGGCAGAAGAGAUCCAUCAACAGGAGGGGAGGGCCACAGCUCCCCGACCUCAAGGAACGGCAGCGUACCAUUCGCACGCUCAUCGUAUCGUCGGUGCUCCCAGGAGCUGCGGCAAGCAUUGAGGAGAGCAGGCUAUUUAAGAAGGUGGCGGGUCCUCCCAGGAAGCGGACUGCUCGUGAUGGUGAGAUAUCCGAGUCCGAGGAAAGCGAAGACUCUGCGCCCGAAUCCCCGGCGCCCCCAAAUAUGCCUGCCGGUACGGGUCGCACACGGAACGUGCGCGGAGCCGCAACCGCUGCCACGAUAAGAAUGGCGAACCUGGGCCGAUCAGAGACGCCAGACACAGGAGGCCACCAUCACGAGAUUAGGACAAGUCGCCGCGGCCGCGAUGACGAACCAGAAGAGCGUCCGGAGCUGCUGGUGACGCUCAAGGUCAGCAGGGACAAGCUGAAGCGACUCAUGAGAGGCGACUACCGCGAUCUAGCUGCUGCCUCCGUGCCGCCAGAUACUCCCUCUUCCACCUCCAACACCCGAACCCCAACCUUUACAGCCCUUCAAAAGACCAAGUCGGCGACGCCCGUCCCGACCCCGACCCAAACAGGCUCUGCGUCUCAGCCAACUGGCGCUGUUCCUCCCGGGCAGAUUGGCCGUCUGCCUGCGCCUCCCCUCAUUCCUGGCCAAUCUCCUCCUCCAGCACCUCCUCCACCCGAAUGGCUCGUGCAGUCCCUCAAGGAGCUCGAGGAAAAGUAUCCCAACGGCGACAGGUUCGAGGCCAUAAUGAAGUACUCACACCUCGACCCCGUUACGGAACUGCCCGUCCAAACACAGCCCAUGCCGGAGGGCGUCAAAUACGCCUGGCUGCCGCGCAUCCGCUGCCUGGACUGCACGACGAAGCUGUACACGCCCGGCCCGGACAUGACGGCGCAGAAAUUCGAGGCCCAUCUGAAGUUUUCGGGACACCGUGAGAAGGUUAGGCAGAGGUUAGCGGCACAAGGGAGUGGCGGCUCUACAUCAACGUCAUGA